ACAAACCGCCGUACAAAUACCACUGUGAAAAACGAAUUGUUUAUCAAAUUACCAAAUAAGAAAUAUUUGUCGUAAACAAAUCACAAUUAGGAUCAUUUUUCUCUUCUAUUUAUUUUUUUGAUUUCAUUUGCCAUGUAUUUUAAUUUAAGUGUAGCAUUUUUAAUUGGAUUUACAGCAUUAGUCACAGCAAAUGAUCUGCAAAUUCCAGAGAAAUUUACCGAAAACGCUCGUACGCAUACAAAUAAUUGGGCAGUUUUGGUAGACACAUCACGGUUUUGGUUUAACUAUCGUCAUGUCGCAAAUGUUCUGUCAAUUUAUCGUUCGGUUAAACGUCUCGGAAUUCCAGACAGUCAAAUUAUUCUAAUGGUUGCCGAUGACAUGGCAUGCAAUGCAAGAAAUCCACGUCCGGCCACCGUUUUUAACAAUGCAAAUCAACACAUUAAUGUGUAUGGAGAUGAUGUUGAAGUUGAUUAUCGCGGUUAUGAAGUGACGGUUGAGAAUUUUGUACGAUUAUUGACCGGACGAACACAAACCGGGACGCCAAGAUCAAAGAAACUGCUCACCGAUCCCGGCAGCAAUAUUCUCAUCUAUUUAACUGGUCAUGGUGGCGAUGGCUUUUUGAAAUUUCAAGACUCCGAAGAGAUCACAAACCAUGAACUGGCAGACGCAUUCGAGCAAAUGUGGCAAAAACAAAGAUAUAAUGAAAUUUUCUUCAUGAUUGAUACGUGUCAGGCGGCUUCAAUGUAUGAAAAAUUUUAUUCGCCCAACAUUCUAGCAGUUGCCAGCAGUUUGGUGGGAGAGGAUUCACUUUCGCAUCACGUUGAUCCGGCCAUUGGUGUUUAUAUUAUUGAUCGAUACACUUACUAUGCUUUGGAAUUUUUGGAGCGAGUCCAACCAAAUAGCAAGAGAACCAUCGGCGAAUUUCUAAAAGUAUGUCCAAAACGUGAGUGUAUAUCAACGGUUGGCGUUCGAAAGGAUUUAUAUCCAAAAGAUCCGAAUAAAGUGCCAAUCACUGAUUUCUUUGGUUCAUUGCGUCCGACCGAAAUUUCAUCGAAUGAAGUCAAUGUGACGAUGUUUAUUGAAGAAACAAAUUUUGAAGAGGAAGAUAAACUUUAUGCCAGUUUAUUAAAUGAAAAACAUUCUCAUGUAUUCUAUGAACAAUUUCCCAGUCGACUGUUCAACUGAAUCACUUGAAAUACCAAAUAGAAACCAAAAGAAGUGAU